UCAAAAAACCCAAGUCUACUUCACCACAAGACAAAAGAAUACGGCAUCCGCCAUAGAUAAAUAGCUUCGAAAAUGCAUUGCCAUUGAAGCAACUCAAUCGUACCCAUUAUCCAAUUGUCCCCCAAUCAUAUUUUCAGUUCAAAUUUCUCUCUUACAUCUUUCUUCUCCUUCUUCUUCUUAUCCUCUUUUCAAUCUCAAUUAUUAAGUUCAACUACGUUUUAACUUUCGGUCCUUGAAUCAUUGAAUGCAAAAAAAAAAAAAGACAAUGGCAGACACCGGAGACACUGCCAGCUCCAGUAGAACUGGUGAUUUGCCGGAGCUCUCAUCGGAAGCAACCCUGUUCGGGAAAUACGAGCUUGGGAAGUUGCUGGGAUGUGGGGCUUUCGCAAAGGUUUACCACGCGCGCGACGUCGACUCCGGGCAGAGCGUGGCCAUCAAAGCCGUCAGCAAGAAGAAGGUUUUAAAAGGCGGGUUCAUGGCACAUGUUAAGAGGGAGAUCGCUAUCAUGCGCCGGUUGCGCCACCCUAACAUCGUCAAGCUCAUCGAGGUUUUGGCUACCAAGACUAAGGUUUAUUUCGUCAUGGAAUUCGCCAAAGGCGGGGAAUUGUUCACGAGGAUUUCCAAGGGUCGUUUCAGUGAAGAUCUCAGCCGUCGGUAUUUCCAGCAGUUGAUCUCCGCCGUCCGGUUUUGUCAUUCGAGGGGCGUAUUCCACCGCGAUUUGAAGCCGGAGAAUCUCCUUCUCGACGAGAACUGGAACUUGAAAAUAACGGAUUUCGGACUUAGUGCGGUUACGGAUCAGAUCCGACCCGACGGCCUCCUCCAUACUUUAUGCGGUACCCCAGCGUACGUGGCCCCAGAGAUUCUGGCGAAGAAAGGAUACGACGGCGCCAAAAUCGACGUCUGGUCAUGCGGCAUCGUUUUGUAUGUUCUCCACGCUGGAUACCUACCGUUCAACGACCCCAAUCUGAUGGUGAUGUAUCGUCGUAUUUAUAAAGGCGAAUUCCGGUUCCCGAAAUGGACGUCUCCAGAUCUCCGGCGAUUUUUAAGCCGGCUUCUGGACAUUAAUCCUGAAACAAGGAUCACCGUCGAUGAAAUCAUCACCGAUCCCUGGUUCAAGAAAGGUUACAAAGAAACCAAAUUCAACGCUGAGGAUUUUGAAUUGAAGGGGGAUAUCCAGAGCACCAAGUGCUUAAACGCCUUCCAUAUAAUCUCAUUUUCGACCGGUUUCGACCUCUCCGGUUUAUUCAACGACGCCGACUUUUCGGCCCGGAGAGAACAGUUCGUAUCGGGGGAGAAACCGGAAAGGAUAAUACUGAGAAUCGAAGAAGAGUUCCGGAAAAUCGAGAACGUGAAGGCGAAGAAAAGGAAAGAGAGAGGGAUCUAUUUGGAAGGGCAGAAUAGUAAUUUGAUUCUCACCGUAGAUAUUCAUCAGCUGACGGAAAUUUUGGUGGUGGCGGAGAUACGGUGGCGGGAGAUUAACGUUGAGCCAAGCAGUGAUGCUUGGAAACAUAAGUUAAGGCCGAAACUUUCCGAUAUCAUAUACGAAACGGAAGCGGUGCAUGUUUCAGAAUAACUUUAGUUCAAAGCCGAGAACCGCCGGUCGGAAAAGAUUGAUCUCGGUGGCUGUAAUAUAUAUAUAUAUAUAUAUAUAUUUAUUUAAUAAUGGUUUUUGUCUUAUUGCAUGUUUAUUUUUUUGAGGUGAAUCAUUUUAUCAAAUUCUCUCAAAUAUAAACGUAAAUCUUCAAAUUUGAACCCAAGGAGUUUUCUAACAUUUUUCAAUAAUGCACCUUUUCUUAAAAAAAUAUUAUUUUAGCUUCAAAUUUUAAAAUAUAUUAUUUAUUAUUUAUAAUUAUAUUUGUAUUUGUACUCAUGAUUUUCUCGCUUAUACAAAUUAGUUUUAAAAGUUUAUCUAAAUUUUGAUUAAUCAAACAUGGGGUUAAUUCCCAAUAAUUGAAGUAGGGAGGAGGAUUAUACCUAAAGUUAUAAAUUUUGUAUUUAUGUAUUUGUAUUUUAAUUUAAUUAAUUUUAGUUUUUAUAUUUUCUAAAUUUUAAAAUUUUAUUCUUGACUCAAUGAUAACAUUUAAAUAUGUUUAGUUAAAUUGUGUCAUUAAUCUUGUAUUAUACUUAAAGUUAUAGAUUUAGUCUUGUUCGCCAAUUGAAUAAUUUUUAGUGAUUAUAUUUUUAAAUUUCAAAA